AUGGGGCUCUUCUGGGCUUCUUCCAUCGGCUUUUGCCCUGUCACGCAGACGGCUGCUGGGGGGAGAAGAUUCGAUGCUGCAUUUAGCAUCUCGCCCUGGUCCGUCCCUUGCAACUCCUCCGUCUCCAUGAGACUCCGUACUGUACGAGCAUUCGACAAGGUAUUAGCAGCGGUGGCAAUGGUUGAGCCUCUCCGCCGGUGGAGAGAGAGAGAGGGACAGACCCAGCCCAGCUCAGCUCAGCUCAGGACGGUACGACUCGUAGCAUGUACAAGUACUCGUACUUGGCGACAAGGUGACGGGCUUGCUCCAAAGUGGCUGCCAUGGUCCAGUCAGGAGAGCGUGGCUUGGGCCUCUGGCACCGGCUUUUUCACUGGGGCCGGCCGUCGUCACCUGGUUGGCGCAUCGACGGCGUCGAAUGGAAUCGCUUGGAAGGGCCCUCUUGCUUUUGCCGUCUCAUCUGACAGGCCGGCCCUGGCCAAUCACCCCAGACCUCAUGGCUUUGCCCACAGCCUCGCUGGCCCGCCUGAGUCGACGACACCUGUUCCUGGAUCUAGUGGUGGUUUGACGGGCUAA